CGCAGCACGCUGUAGGAACCGCGUCUGCAGGUAGCGGGCGCUGCGGCGCGCGCACGGUCCUAGCGCCGUGGGUGUCUGCGCGACCUCGUCCGCAUCCGCGCGUCCACGACAAGACCCACGCCCGCGUUCCCGUUCACGCGAUCCAAGGCGGUGCGCUGGAAACGGACGUCGUGUAUUCCGUCGGUGUGUGUGCGGGAGGGACAAGCCCACGCGUGGAGCCAUCUUCAGUGUUCAAGGUAUUUGACUUCUACCUGUUGUAAAAAUGUCGCUUUACCCAUCUUUAGAAGACAUGAAGGUGGAUAAGUUCAUGCAGGCCCAGAAUGCUUACGCAGCGAGUGCGUCGAAACCGGCUCUGCUGGCCGAGGCAUCCAAUGAGAGCUCUGCGGAGGAGGGGAACGGACUUUAUCCAAAGCUGUAUCCGGAGCUCACUGAGUUCAUGGGCCUAAACCUCACGGAAGAUGCGCUUCGCCAAGCCCUCGCCACGGUGCCCACUGGCGAUUACUCUGGGCAAGUGGCCACCAGGCCGUCCGCUCUCAGCUACAUGACAGCCCCGAUCACGGGGCGCGACUGCGGCGUUCUCAGGGCCGAGGUCAAGCAGGGCGUCCGCGAGGUCAUCCUCUGCAAAGACAUGGACGGCAAGAUCGGACUGCGCUUGAAAUCCGUGGACAACGGAAUCUUCGUACAGCUCGUGCAGGCCAACACAGCUGCGGCGCUCGGGGGGCUGCGUUUCGGGGACCAGGUGCUCCAGAUCAACGGGGAGAACUGUGCCGGCUGGAGCACGGACAAGGCCCACAAGGUGCUGAAGAACGCCGGCGCCGAGAGGAUAGCGCUCGUGGUGCGGGACAGGCCGUUCGAGCGCACCGUCACCUUGCACAAAGACGCCAGCGGCCAACUGGGCUUCAUUUUCAAGAAGGGGAAGAUCACCUUCAUCGUGAAGGACAGCUCGGCCGCCCGCAACGGCCUGCUCACCGAGCAGCACAUCUGCGAGGUGAACGGGCAGAACGUCAUCGGACUCAAGGAUUCUCAGAUUACGGACAUACUGAACUCCGGUGGGAAUGUGAUUACCGUAACUAUCAUGCCUGCAGUCAUCUUUGAGCACAUGAUGAAGAAGAUGUCCACGAGCAUCGUGAAGAGUCUCAUGGACCACUCCAUCCCAGAAGUGUGACCCGAGAGCCUCUGCGAAGGAGCCCUGGAUUCUGGAGCGUUCCCACCCCACUCCCUCUUGCUGGGAUUUCAACGUGCCGCCCCUCCCCCUCCCGUACCGCCGCUUUCUGCCCGGUAACAGGCGACGGAUGCGUUGCGUGUGCUGAGCGUGCGUACGAGCCCUUGCCCUCGUGUGAGAACAAAGCCCCCAGCGAAGACGGCCCAGGAAACGCCUGCGGACCCUCUGCUCCAGUGUGUUGCUUUGCUCUCUCCUGCAGUGUCUUGUGUGUUUGUAUCGUUCCAGAAACGUUUCGUCUGGGUGUCUCCAUAAGGAAAGCACCGCGCUUUUCUUUCAGUUUCAGGGUGGAACUUGUUUAUAUUUAAAACAAAUUUAAAAAAAAAAAAAAAAGACAGAUUUUGCAGGGAGUCGCUUUUAAACUCAGUUGUGCUUCCUUCCUUAAUGUUAGGUCUUAGGUCUUCGUUUUUAUCCAGUUUGCUUCUUGCACGGAAACGUAAUACGGCUUCAGGUGCUGUAGUUUGUUUUAAAUGAAUACAUUUAAAUUGCGACCAUAUGACAGCUUUCAAGAAACUGUACAGAAGUGGAUGCAUGCUUGGGUCCAGUGGCCGAGGAGAAAAAAAAAAAUCUUUCAGGUAAUUUUAAAGUUCUGUUGUUCUGCUCAUGUCAUUUUGUAAAUAGGACUUUGAGCAAAAGAAGGUUGGUUAUUAGAAACAUCUUGUAUUUAUAGAAGUACCAAAUGUGAUUAUGAUGUGUUUAAUGUGUCCCAGCUGACGUGCUGGUCUCCAUCUCCUCCAUAUAGCAUCUGGGAAAUGUCAUGCAUAUGUGAGGUUUUUGGUAUUCUGAGACAUUUCAUGUAGGUUUUAGUUUCACAGUGUAUUUGCCAUUGUCAAGAGUCUCAAUGGAAUAAUUCAGUGUAGUACAGUAAUAAAGCAGCAUAAGCAUUCAGUACCUUGUUUUUUUCCUCCCCUGCUUUUGCAUGUAUUGACACCCCGUGAAAGGAAAUAAUAGAUUUAGUAACAGUUUCUGUGGUUUUUUUGCAUGAACUGAAAUAGAACCAGCAAUAACUAUAACCAAAUAAGUCAAAAGUGAAAAGAAAGGUUUAUUUUUUUUAAUCGGGACAUGUGGAAUAUUUUGUGACUUUGACACCCGCAGUAAACCAUCAGUUGGUGUAAAACCACCAACAAACAGUGUCCCACAAUAUAUACUACAAGGUUUAAUAAAAAAAAAAAGAAAAGGCAACAUCUCAUAGAUAUGACAUAAAAGGAAUUAGAAGGAAUCAAAGUGUAUGCCGUCUCAGUGACACACUGGCUCAUGGAGGGAUUGCCGGUUUGCUUUCAUCUCAGGCAAUCCUGCUCAUGUUCCUAAAUCAUCAUUCAGUUCAUAUGAUGUUCUUUGACCAUCAUGCAAAAAAAAAAAAAAAAAGGGUUUAUUACCGCA